UUGGCUCCACGGCCAUCGGGAUCCAGACCUCGGAGGGCGUCUGCCUGGCCGUGGAGAAGAGGAUCACCUCCCCGCUCAUGGAGCCCAGCAGCAUCGAGAAGAUUGUGGAAAUCGAUUCCCACAUAGGGUGUGCCAUGAGCGGCUUGAUAGCGGAUGCAAAGACUUUAAUCGAUAAAGCCAGAGUGGAGACUCAGAAUCACUGGUUCACCUACAACGAAACCAUGACGGUAGAGAGCGUGACGCAGGCCGUGUCCAACCUGGCGCUGCAGUUUGGCGAGGAGGACGCGGACCCCGGGGCGAUGUCUCGUCCCUUCGGUGUCGCGCUGCUUUUUGGAGGAGUCGAUGAGAAGGGACCCCAGCUGUUUCACAUGGACCCGUCGGGGACGUUUGUUCAGUGUGAUGCCAGAGCAAUCGGCUCCGCCUCGGAAGGCGCGCAGAGCUCUCUGCAGGAGGUUUACCAUAAGUCCAUGACGCUGAAAGAAGCCAUCAAAUCUUCCCUUGUCAUCCUGAAACAAGUUAUGGAGGAGAAACUGAACGCAACCAACAUCGAGCUUGCCACGGUGGAGCCGGGAAUGAAGUUCCACAUGUACACAAAAGAGGAGCUCGAGGAGGUCAUCAAGGAUAUUUGAACAAGAGAGACUCCCUCAAAGGCUCGUUCCCCACCUAUCAAAGCGAACUGACUCUCGGUUCCAGCCAGUACCCGUGAUUUUAUUUUCCAGCAGCAUCUGUAAUUGCUCUUCUUCGAAGGCUCCUGAGGUUUUUUUACAGUUUCUGUACAUAACUGAUCUCUGCAAUGAGAGGAAAUGAGAAUAAAUCAUUUUGUUACUCUA